AUGGACGGCCUGAUCGCGGCCGCUGUGGUCGUCGUCGCGGCACUCCUCGUGCUGCUUGCCUUUCGCCAGAAACAGGCAGCAUUCAAGGGGCACGUGCAGACGGUCAGCAGCGCCGCCAAGCCUAAACGGCAGCUGGUUAUAGGGACCUGGUCGCGCGAGGAGGUUGCCAAGCACGCGUCGGCAGAUGACCUUUGGCUCAUCAUCCAGGACCAGCGCAGCAAGGAGUGGAGGGUAUACGACAUGACAGACUAUGUUGACGAGCACCCCGGCGGCAUGGCGAUCAUGUACAAUGCGGGCGGUGACGCCACCCAGGGGUUCCAUGGGCCACAGCACCCGCCUACAGUGUUUGACAUCCUAGGGGACUACUGCAUAGGCACGCUGGCCGACCCGUGA